AUGUCCUCCUCAAUCGUUAGCUCUUUCGGGGGGUCAUUCUUUCAAUGGUUCCAGGACGAGGUGUUGCCCUACUUACUGGGCACUGUCAUCGUCAUCGUUAUUAUCGUCGCACUCAUCCUCAACAUCCUCCUCAUCAUCACCCUGAGGAAGAGGAACAUGUUAAGGUUUCCCUGUAACCGCUUCGUUUUGGAACUCUCUGUGAUGGAUCUUAUAGCGGUGUUCCUUAUUCUGUUUCCGUCUAUGGUGGCGGCCUUUGCGAAGGCCUGGUACCUCACUGAUUAUUUCUGUUAUGUUCACGCUGGACUCAUCAUCUGGUUUCAUUUAGUGACAUUUGGAUUACUUUCAGUGAUGUUCGUUGAGAGAAUGGUGAAGAUCACUAAUACAGAUCUGUACGUCAAAGUGUUUAAUUCUUCUCGCGUUGUAACACUAAUUUCUGCCCUUGUAUGGACCUUCACUGCGCUCAUCACUGGAGUAGCUCUAACACCAUGGCUUACGAUUUCAUACAAUUUUUAUCAUGCAGCUUGUGUAAUUAAUUUGGAUGAUAAUAUCUAUUACACUAUUAUUGUCCUGAUGUUUGGAAUGGUAGCUUCAAUUAUAAUAUGUAUCGUUACAGUUGUAAAGAUCUUUAAGCACAAAAAGCAGGCAGCUGCACAAGAAGCAAACGUCAAGAAGAACAGCGUCACCUCAAUCAAAGAGGAACCGGGAGAGAAAGCAAAGCUGAACGGAGGCGGUAAAGGAUUCGGCUCACUUCUCUCACAAACUAAAGCAAAAAAUUCCCGCUCAAACGAGGCUCCUGGAAAAUCCAUGUCCACGACGGGUAUCGGCGCAUCAACAAAUGGGGAAGGAAAACCACCGAGAAAUAAACUGGCGCUGAUGGCUGCUCGUAAAAAGAUAAAGAAAGCCGUAACUAAAACGAAGGUUACGAAAAUCUUUUCUCUGAAGGAAGACAACGGUGACCCUGACCUCCACAUGUUCGUGACCUAUCUGAUCGUGUGGGUGGCGAUGUUGGUCUGUCACUGUCCAUACUUUGCCAUCAACAUCGCUGACUUCGCCGAUUCUGGCGACAUCUGGGGCGGAUAUUACAGCAUUACUGUUAUCUUUUUUAUGGUCAGUUACUGCACUAAACCCAUCAUUUAUCUUGCACAUAAUCGGAAGUAUCGAGAGGGUUAUAAAGAAACGAUGCCAGAAAAAGUCAUAGAAAAAGCCAACACAGCCCGGAAAUCCGUUUCAAAUUUCAUGGACAAACUGGACAAAGCCAUGUUCAAGACCCCAGGAAAGAAGAAAUUAGAUGCAACCCUCAGUACACAUAUGGCUGCCAAUAAGUGGCUGAGGAAAGUCAAAAAUAAGAAUGGUACAGGUGGCGCUACUGGUGGGCUAUUAAGUAAACUGAAACCGAAAACAGAAGAGGGAAAAACUGACGCUGGACCGAGCAAAACAACACAGAAAGCAGUAGUUGAGCCGCUUCCAAAAAACAUGCCCUCCUCCCCCACCAAUACGAUACAGUCUGCGAUCACCGCACGCGACGUCAAUUUAGUAGAAAAAGCGCCAACACCGGCUGCUGCAGCGUUACCUACCGCUGUAGUUUUCAAUGAGACGGCGGGGAAUAGCCGACAGAAGGAAUCGUCCUUUGCUGCCGAUCCGGUGCCAGAGAAUGACUUUUUGGCGGAGUCUCCUCCUUAUAUGCCUACAGAUAAUAAUUACAAUCUCACGAAACAAAACCAAUGGCGUCGGAUCGGGAGGAUGGCGCAUGUAUUUGAUAUAGACGAUGUAGAUGAGGUGGACCAUUCCCUGGACAUGGUUUAA